AUUUUAUUAAAAGUGUCCCAACGUCAUAGAUUAGGCUGUACUCAAAUAAGCUGCUAGUUUUUCUGUAUUGUUAAAAAUCCAACAUGGAGGCGGAAGAAGAAGAGGCGGUCGAUUUGACUUCUCCAGAUUUUGACCCGGCGAAAGCUUUGUCGUCCCGGGCCGUAAGCCUUCCCGUGCCGAACGUGAGACCCCUCCAAAACCUAGCUCAGUAUGAGUCGGCCAUGAAGGGUUUGCGAGCCCCCAAGAAGGCACCCGCCAGUGCACAAACAGCUUCACAACAUGGUGGUGCCGCUUCAGGGAGUAAGGACUCGUCGGCAGAGGCAGGGCCGUCUGCUAGGUCUCUGCCUCCACUGGUGGCCACGCACAGGAAACCUGCAAAAACACUACUCACAAGGAUGAAGGAAGAAAAGCAGGGCCCGCUGGAUGUUCUACGCAGCUGUAUCAAUGAGAAACGCCGGGUCAUUGUGACGACUAGGACAUUUAAAGGUCUGCGUGGGAUCUGUACUGGCUACCUGGUAGCUUUUGACAAGUUCUGGAACUUGGCAAUGGCAGAUGUGGAAGAGGUGUAUCACAAACCACCACUGGGCAAGAAAUUCUUCCAAGAGGAAACGCUAACUGUCUCAAAGCUUUUGCAGUCAGAGACGACAUCAGAAAUUGUCUCCAAGAAGGACAGUUCGUUGCAGUCCACAGGAAGGAAGGACGAAGAAAGGCAAAGAAGCUCAUCAGCAGGUAGAGCUGAGCAAGACACUAGACCCUGCAGUACUCAGUAUAAGGGACAGGGGGCAGGUAUGGAACUAAGGAGCAAUGCCAAGAAAAAGCCAGGAGACAGUGAUGGUGAAAAAGCGAGUCCCUCUACUAGAACAGAGUCACAGCAGAAAACUGAUAGUAAGCAGUCAAGAGAAAAGAAGAGGCAUACAGAGGGACAAAGGACAGACAGACCAACCAGUUCCAAAGAUUCGAGUCUGAAAAAGCACAGGAGGGAAAGACACAGAGGUGCUGAAGCUCUGUCUGCCCUGGAAAGCAAGUUAACAAGUCUACAGAGAGAAUUAGCAGCAUUGGAUGCAGAUAGGAGGGAUACAGGAGUAGACACAGAAUGGUCAUCUAGGAGGAGGAGGAACAAGAAACAAGAGUCCCAGUUUUUCAAGAGACACGUGAACCAGCUAUUUGUGAGAGGGGAAAAUGUUGUGAUAGUGUCAAUAAAAGAUGCAUGACAAAGUAUGGUUGUGUUUGCAGUUUACGAUAAUGGUUGUUAUCUUUGCAGAGAACGUUUUCAGUAGCUUAUGUGUGGCUGUGGUGUGGGUGACAGUGCCUACCAGGCUAACUACUAGUACACAUGUACAUGUUUGUACAUGAAAUGCGACUGUUGCCUCAUAUCUCAUAAUCUGUGUGUACCCAUCUGGUGCAGAGUAUGUGUUUUCAUAAUAAAUAGAACAGGUCUUUGAUGCUUCUCGCAGAACCAACUAUCCAAGGCAAGAGGUAUGAACAUCUGGUUCUCACCCUCAAGGUUAUAUAAUAAUCAUGUGCAAGAAUAACUUAGGUAUAACAGCUGUUGAGAAAAUGUGAUUAUCCCAGGUUUUCUGCUUCCAGAUCAGAAGCAAGGAGAUGGCUGAUUUGCAACGUUUGAUUUUUUUUUAGAAAAUGAGAGUUGAAGCUGGGUGUCGUAAUUAGCUAUCUUUCACUUUGGUUGAGCUGUCCAAUUAUGUACUUUGAGGUUAGCCCGAUAACGAAGUACGUAUACAUGUACGUAGAAUUUAUAUGGCUGAUUACACCUUAUGAGAUGUUAUGUAAGAAGGGCCAGCACGCGUUGUUGCUUUUCAUCCAGACAAGAGCGGUAUCACAAAGGUAGCUGUCCCGAUUCUGCCAAGUAGGAUAAUCCUAUACUGUAAUGGUAGGCAAUAUGUUGAUCAUUUCUAACAACUGGACCCGCUAAUGAUUACACGGAAUUACUGGCUAACGAGUGAUGUAAGUCGCGGUGUUGUGCACUCGGGCGCGUGCCAGGUCAGCCGUGAAGACAGAAGUUAGCAAUCAAAAACGGUUUGAAGAACACUAACUAGACAUAUUAACAGCACAUAUACUAGUAUACUCCUAGAGUUGUCCUGCUGCCUGACUAUUUAAAAUUGCACAUCUUGGUGUAUCUUUUUUCCUUUUAUAGUAAUACGACAAUGCAUUAUUUCUCCGCUUUUUGUACGUACAUCUAAGGCCAUGUUCACGCGAAAGUCAAAUACAUGUAUGUAGUUUUCAUACAGUAUUGUUUGAAAAGAUAUCGUAUUCGACGCACGUUGCAGUGUUGACAACACAUACAUCUGAUACGGCGAUGAAUUCUUUGUCAAGUACAACUGUCUAUGCCUGAUGAUACAUGACUGCUGGGGUUCCUGGCACGCCUGUCAACGGUUCAAAGAUUGUCUAGUUGCUGAUCAUUAAUGGACAGAAUCAAUAAAACCAGCCAGGCUGGACGCCUGGUGUAUCCCACAUGUGCAUUACAU